GUGCCGUACUAGUGACGAAUUGGCCACGUUAUGUUUACGUGACAACCCUUACUAGUUGGCUGUGUCGAGUGGUGUCGGGUUUAACGACGCAUUUAUAUAUUUACGCGAUCUAUCCCCGAAAAAAACACCUUUAUUACGGAUGAAGAAUUUGCGACCACAACAUUGAAUGCCGAAGAUGAAAAAAAAGCAGUAAAGGGUGGUAUGAAGGAUGUGAUACCGCUUCUCUUCCUCAAAUCGUCACGUGCUAAAACCCUAAAGCACAAACAGGUGAACAGUGCCCUUCAGAUCUCCGCCCGGCAGCACACCUCAGAUGCAAGCGACUCCACAGGUGUGGCGAACAUUCAAAUCGUGAAAUCUCCCGUAACGAGUGCCACGAUGGGGAUGGAACAAACCAUCUCUUGGGUCUUCACUUUAACUACAUGGCUGGCUCCUCUGUGGAUGGCGCUUUGGAACAUCUGGAUUGGACUCCUCAUCACAUUCCUCGUUCUUGCAGCCACAUUCAACGGCCCAACCGCAGUGAAGAGAACAGUCAUCUCCGGCGCGUACCGUGCACUGAAGCUCCUCCUCUUUAUGUACACGCACUCCAUUGUGGAAAUUAAGCACUCACUUGUCAAAAUGGUAGUGGCCUUGGGCAGCCUGAUGAUCUUCCUUGCUCUUGUCUGUCCCUAUUGGAGCAUGACUGCAGGGGCCUCGGUUAUAUUUGGAGUCACUGUCGUUUCUCUUGGAGCCUCGUGGUUCUGGGUGGGGACUUGGAUAUUGAUGCUUCUGGCAUGGCAGUUGAAUGGUGGAUACUGGUUCGAGACUUACUAUGAUUGGAUAUCUCCCAGUAUUACAAUAAUUGCUCGUGCGUUUGUGCGUAAUUUUGUUCGGGAACGUUUGGAAAACCAAUACAUCUCUCCAGGCUACAUCGAUGGCCUCCUGAUAAUGGCCGUGCAUCUUCUCCUGACCCUCCCAGGACUCUUCCUAGUGAUAGUGGGGUUUCCCGUAGUGUGGGAAUCGUUCCACUUCAUGAGGCUGCCUCCGCUGCUGGUUGGCAUCACCUUUGUGGUGUUUGCGCUCGUUCCUGUCUUUCUGAUCCUCAAGGCUGUUUGUUUGACCUUAAGAUACAUUGAUGUGCUGCAGAGGAGACGCUAAACAAUGGCCAACGCACACAUACCGUUGUAUACGUAACAACCCAUUUCACUUCCUUACACCUCGCUGUUAUCUAAGCCGCAGCUCAGGUCAUCAGUCUCAAGCCUCCAUCAAGGUCGGCUACGUACAGUGCAAUUGUGCAAGGGAAACGUUACAUCUCAAAACGGUUUCUCUGUAAACAGUUUGUCGUUAUACUUUACGUGGAUUGGAAUUCAUCACGAUUAGCCGCCGAACGUGUCUUCCACAAUUUGCAUCGUGAGAGAUGCAUGCACGGCCAAAUGUGGCAGAAUGGGAUUGGUGAUUUUUUUGCAACCGUUAUGUAAACGAGAGGUAUUUUUUUUUAACAGAGCUAACGGGUUAAUGUAUGAAAACACCUCUCAUGAAUGGCACACAACUGGUCACGAGCGGCGGUAAUUUCGACAGAGAAGCAACCACGUGGAUGAGCAACAUCAGGUCUUUUUCUCAAGGAAAAAUAAUUCUAAUAUCGGGCCUACGGACAGACAUAACCAGUUUAAUAAUUAUUUAAAUGUAUAAAGCGCCCUUAAACAAUCGUUAUCAGAGCGCAAGGUGGAAAUCGUUAACAUUAACUGAGGAGAACUGAGAAAGACGUUUGAAAAUAAUUAAAGAGAGAAAGCAAUUUUAAACAGAUAACGUUUCACUCUUUGGUUCUUUCGGUAAAGUCACGUAUAAAGAGAAAAUAAUAAAUUAAUUACUAGCAUACGACGUUUCGAUUGCAACCAUCAUCAGGUAUAAAUGAAAUAGAAACACAAAUCUAGUAUACUUAGAAAUGUAAUGUAAUACAACAGAGAGUCGGAUAAUAUAACAGUCAACACCCUACCUAGAUAACGUUUCAGUCGAGAUUUGAAGAUUUGCAGUGUCUCCGAAGAGCUGACCUCGAAGGGAAACGCGUUCCCGAGUUUAGGUGCCGCAAUUCCAAAGGCAACGGUCACCCUGAGUGUGAAGCCUAGACCGUGGUGACAGUGAGCAAUGCACGACACAUUUGUACUUACGCGAUCUAACCCAGAAAACAUUUAUUAUGAAUAAUAUUAGUCGUGAAAGCCUACGUGUUAAACUGACCAACCUCUAUGGGGAGGAUACUUUUCUCAAAAACCAAAAAAAUGGAGAAACUCCACAUUAAGCGUGUAAAAUGUACGUCUUCACUGGUGUUCCUCAAAAGGUGCAUAGACUCAAAGGUAAUACCAAAUGCAGUUAAAAUAACACAUCCCAUAAAGUAUGUUAAAGUUAACCAAAUACUACACAAAGCGAGCAAAUUAUUGUUACAACAGAGAAUACAGCACAACAGGAGUGACUUGUCUCACAUUUCUGAAUCUCUAAAGCACUUGCAUCUCAGCAAUACUGUAUCCAUACAUGAUUGGAAUAUAAUCGACACUAUAACACAACAAUCGGCUGAUAAUGUAUUUAACGUAACCAAAACUAACCAAAUUUAUAAAUUUUGUAGACUUCAUAACAAACAAUUCCCAACUAAUGAAGAACAAUUUAAAAAUAAAACUGUAAUUAACUUAACUAACACUAAUUUAACCAGCGACAUGGCAUCAGUCCUCUCUAAAGGUCUUAACUAUGCCGUUGCCCCACGCACAAUUCCAGGAGAUGAGAUCAUUGCUGAGUUGGAAUCAGCGGUACAACACCUCCCACGUAAUGGGGCAGAGAUGAAUAGGCAAAAUAAUUGAGAAUAGCAAAUUACCAAAAUGAAAUAUUAGCUUUAGCAAAGCAAAGGCCUCAAGAGAACUUCGAUCAAAUAAUCGAUAUCCAAAUGCUGGCGGCUGAUAAAGGCCUCACAACUGUGGUGAUGCCACGAGUGGAGUAUGAUAAUAAAAUUGAAUACUUACUGUAGAAAAGUACCUAUAUUAAGUUAAACGAGAUCCAACUAGUACUUUAGAACGUAAGACUACUGCAAUCAUUGCAAAUUAAUUCAUUCCCAAGGCUGAGCAAUACCAAAUUAAGCCAAGGGCCUCAAAAUCACCUAGAUUGUACAGGUUUCCAAAGAUUCAUAAAAUCAGUAUCCCAUUACAACCCAUAGUAAGUACAAUAGGCUCUGAUCUUCAUUCAUAAGAAAUUCGGGAACAUCUUGUGAAUGUUAUUAAAUAUAUGAAACUUAACCCUAAUGAUAUUCUGGUGAGCUUUGAUGUAAUUUCUCUAUUUGCUAAGGUUCUGGUUAACGAAUUAAUUAAAUUACUCGAUACGCUAGUAAAUAAGACAGGUUUACCAAAAGAUAUUCCAAAACUAGCUAACCAUUGUCUAAAUAACACUAAUUUCUUGUAAAGUGGUGAUUUAUUUAAACACAAGGAAGGAGCAGCAAUGGGCUCUCCUUUGUCUCCUGCUAUUGCGAAUCUGUACAUGGGAAACAUUUAAAGCAAGAUCACUUGCUUCAAGUACACUAAAACCAUGUUUUUGGUUUAGAUAUGUGAAUCACACUUUAGUUGUCUGCCCACAUGGUAAAGAUACACUUAAUGAAUUUCUAAAUCAUCUCAAUUCGUAAAACCCAACCAUCCAGUUCACUAUGGAAAUGGAGAUGAAUAACACACUCCCAUUCUUGGAUAGUUUGCUCGGACGCUGCCUAAAUCGUAAAAUAACAGUGUUUACUGAAAGGAAACACACACUGAUGCCUAUCUGAAUGCAGAUUCGCAUCAUCACCCUGCACAGAAAUCCUGUCUCAUCAAGACGCCAAUACAUCGGGCUAAAACAGUGUCAGAUGGUGAAAGUCUGAGGAGAGAUUACAUUUUCAUCCUUACUGUGUGCUGUCUUGGUGUAGCCUGGGACUGUUUUUGCUGCCUUGCCCAAGCAUGGGGAUUGAUGUACUUAUGCAAUUUGAACUUAUAUACGUUAUAUAUUAUAAGUAUUUAUUUUUACUUAUCUGCUUAUCUUUCCUACAGUUUGCACUCCAAUAGUUGUUUAUAUUGUUUAUUUUUGUAACGUUCUUACCUGCCCCUACUGGACAUCUGUUAAAAUAUAUUCAUUGCUCAUCGGAUUUAUCCAGGAUAAAUAAAGAUGAUUUUUCCGAAGGAUUUUUGUCGUGGUAAAUUAUCAGUAAGUUACAGUGGUCUACUUUUUGUCACAGCCACCCAAUGCGGAGCAGAAACCAAUGAAAGGCUAAAUAAGCUGUGGCUGAGGUGGUGACUGCUGAGAGCA